AUGGGCUCCGAGUCAAAUUUGUCUAAGUCUAGGAAUAGAAGCUGUGAAGAACACAAGCAACGUUCCUUGUAUCCGAAACCAUUCGGAGAUCCUUUGGGACUCGAAGAAAUCUUGUCUGAAGGAAUAACAAAGGAGGGAUCUACAAUGGAGACUCCACUAGGCAAUCCGAAGGGGUUCGCUGGCAAAGGGAUGGAGGAAGGACAAUCCUUCCCCAAUUCUCCCGAAGAGAUUCAUCAAUACGAAUUAGAUGUCAAACUCCAGGAGUACCUCGACUCACGCAUCAAACUCAAUUCUGAUCAAGUCACGGAAGUAGGAUACUGUAAUGAGGUCGACAUAUACUCCUCAGAGUAUAUGUUUAUUGGAAUGUCCAAUGGAUUUUCCAAGAAGUAUGAGGGCACUGGUUUGGAGUCAACCAACACGUCCCUAUGUCCAAGAAAAAAAAAUUACGGAAACAAUUGCUCUCGCUUAGCUCAAAUUCAUUGGACAGGCAAGGGAGUGGAAGGAAAACUCGACGAUCGCCAGGAGAACAAGGUCAGUUGA